CCCCCCUCUUACGAAUCCCUUCAAUCUAUCAUGCUCUGUUAAAGUCUUUCGUGCCGGGUCAUACUUAAAUCAUAACUACCACCUGUGUUUAAGGCAAAAAAUAAAUAAAAAAUAGAGUGAGUCUCAUCAUGGAAAACAAAAAGGGGAGUAAAGAUGGGCAAACGCCCAAGGUGGCUGAUGUCGAUGCGGCGCUCGACUAUCUCAACCGCGAAACCGCUACCGUGAUGACGGAAAUCAACGAGAAAGCACUUGUCAGAAAGCUUGAUUUGACGAUUGUGCCUCUCAUGUGGGCUUGCUACAAUCUUCAAUAUCUUGAUAAAACGUUGAUCAACUAUGCCAAUGUUAUGGGGCUUCAAGAAGAUACUGGCAUUACUGGAAAUCAGUUCUCUCUUUUAGCUACUCUUUUCUAUGUAACAUACCUAGCAUUCGAGUUCCCAACGGGAUAUCUCAUGCAGAGACUUCCAACUGCGAAGUACCUUGGAGCCAAUGUGAUAUUUUGGGGCUUAAUGGUAACUCUCAACUCUGCCGCGAAGAACUGGGCCGCCCUCGCAACUCUUCGAGCUCUGCUAGGCUGCUUUGAGGCAGCAGUGGCACCGGCACUUAUCCUGGUGACGAGCAUGUGGUACAAGCGAUCCGAACAGCCCGCACGAGUUGGCUUUUGGUAUGUCGGAACCGGCACGGGCACGAUCAUUGGGGCCUUGACAUCGUUCGGGUUCCAGCACUACGAGUCAGAUAUCUUCACACCGUGGCAAAUCAUGUUUCUCCUCUUCGGGCUCGUCACUAUCGCCGUAGGAGUCCUCACUGUGAUCUUCCUCCCCGAUAGUCCAAUGAGUUCCCGCCUCACCCGCGAGGAGAAGAUAUGGGCUAUCGAACGUCUACGGGAGAACCAGACGGGCAUCGAGAACAAGCACUUCAAGUUGUACCAGGUCCGGGAUUGCUUUACUGACCCCCAGACUUGGCUCAUUGCCUUGAUUACCAUUACAUCGAACAUACCAAAUGGCGCCGUUAGCAGCUACCAAGCGACUAUCAUCAAGGGCUUCGGGUACACUUCCAAGGAAACCGCCUUGUUGUCCAUCCCGUCCGGCGUAGUCAGCUGCACAGCCGUUAUUUCAGCAGGACUCUGCGGGGCCAAGUUCGACGCCCGCGGACCGAUCAUCAUUAUUAUCCUCCUCAUAGGCGGCAUCCUAGGCGGCAGCCUCCUCGCCUUCUCAUCCCCGACCGACAAAGGCGCGCUGCUGGCGGGGAACUACCUUACCAACGUGAUCGGCGCCUCGCUCCCGCUCAUCUACUCCUACUCGGCGGCCAACUACGCGGGGCACACGAAGAAAGUAACGAUGAACGCCACGGUGCUGAUAUCCUUCUGCCUCGGCAACAUCAUCGGCCCGCUCACGUUCCGCGACGCGGACAAGCCGCGAUACCUGCCCGCGAAGAUCGUGAUCGUGGCGUCGACGGCGGUGUCGCUGGUUACGACGGCGGUCCUGAUGGCUUAUUAUAGGUGGGAGAAUAGGAGGCGGGAUAAGGUGCACGGUGGGAUUGCGCAUAGAGAGAAUAGCGAGUUCUUUGACUUGACGGAUCGUGAGAAUAAGGAGUUUAGGUAUCGGUGGUAGAAAACUAUUCGACGAUAUCACAUUGA